UCCUGUCAAGCCAUCUCUUAGGCUGCUUCCAGCUUGAAUGCCUUCAUAAAACUCUGAGGGUCUGAGUGGAAAUCACAGAGCUGCUGCAGCCAGAGCACAGGCGAGGGGGACCAGGGCUUUCCAUGUGUGCAGCCGACUGGUUAAUCUUUAGACUGCAAAUGAGGAUAGACAAUAGAUCCCUGCACUAAAUAUAUCUAUUGGAGCUGAAGAUAUCGCAGGGGUGAAAUCAAAUUGUGCAGCUGGACGUUUCUCCUUCUGGCUCUUUCCAGACUUCUCGAAGAACUUCGAAGGGAAAACUUCACUUUUUUUCUUUUUUCAGAUUUUAUUUUUUUUGGGGAAAAAGAAUUCUUCUUGCAACACGGGGAUGGCAUCUGGAUUUUUAUUCGCCCUUUGCCUUGCACUGAUUGCCUGGACGGAGUGCAACGUGCCAAGGAAAGGGACGGACGGCAACGGCAGAAGAUACAGUCGCAUCCAACAUGGGCAGUGCACUUACACUUUUCUCCUUCCUGAACACGACGGGAAUUGUCGCGAGGGCGCCACCGCCGCCGCCACCGCCACCGCCGACCAGUACAAUGCCAACGCUCUGCAGAGGGACGCGCCGCAAAUGGAUCAGGAUUUCCCGUCCCAAAAAAUUCAACGUCUGGAACAUGUGAUGGAAAAUUACACUCAAUGGCUGCAAAAACUGGAGAACUAUAUUGUGGACAAUAUGAAAUCCGAGAUGGUCCAGAUGCAGCAGAAUGCAGUUCAGAACCAGACAGCAACCAUGUUGGAAAUAGGAACGAGUCUUCUAAGCCAAACAGCAGAGCAGACAAGGAAACUUACAGACGUGGAAACACAAGUUCUCAACCAGACGUCCAGACUAGAGAUUCAGCUGUUAGAAAACUCAGUGUCGACCUACAAGCUAGAAAAACAACUCAUUCAGCAGACGCACGAAAUUAUCAAAAUCCAUGAAAAAAACAGCUUGUUGGAGAACAAGAUUUUGGAAAUGGAAGUCAGACACAAAGUUGAACUGGAUACACUGAAGACGGAGAAGGAGACAUUGCAAGGUCUAGUGUCCAGACAGAACUACAUCAUUCAAGAGCUGGAGAAGCAGCUGACUAAAGCCACUACGAACAACAGCAUAUUACAGAAGCAGCAGAUGGAGCUGAUGGACACGGUGCACAACCUGGUCAAACUCUGCUCCAAAGAAGGAGUUUCCAUAAAGAAUUCAAAGAGAGAAGAGGAAAAACCAUUCAGAGACUGUGCAGAUCUGUAUCACGCAGGGUUCAACAAGAGCGGCGUAUACACCAUAUAUAUUAACAACGUAUCCGAACCCAAAAAGGUACACUGCAAUAUGGAAACUACCGGUGGAGGCUGGACAGUAAUUCAGCACAGAGAAGAUGGAACAGUCGAUUUCCAGCGAAGUUGGAAGGAGUAUAAAACGGGGUUUGGCAGUCCAUCUGGUGAAUUUUGGCUGGGGAACGAGUUUAUAUUUGCAAUAACCAGCCAAAGGCAGUACUCGCUGAGGAUCGACUUAAUGGACUGGGAAGGCAAUCAUGCACAUUCACAGUAUGACAGAUUCCACAUAGGAAAUGAAAAGCAGAAUUACAGAUUAUACUUGAAAGGUCACAGCGGAACAGCAGGAAAACAAAGCAGUCUGAUCUUACACGGGGCGGAUUUCAGCACAAAGGAUGCCGAUAAUGACAACUGUAUGUGCAAGUGUGCAUUGAUGCUAACAGGAGGUUGGUGGUUCGAUGCCUGUGGUCCUUCUAAUCUUAAUGGAAUGUAUUACACCGCUGGUCAAAAUCAUGGGAAGUUGAAUGGCAUAAAGUGGCAUUAUUUCAAAGGUCCAAGUUACUCAUUACGCUCAACAACGAUGAUGAUUCGACCAUUGGACUUCUAAUCCAGAAGAGCAGGACAAUUGACAUACAGAUAUCAAUGGGAAGUUUCUCUUUUCAGUUGAAUUACCAAUGUAAGAUGAAGACUUAGGUAUAUCCAGAACUCGGAGCUGUUUAGUAUGGAUUGCUGAUCUCAUGUUGCUAGCAGGACUUCGCCACUGGAGGUGCUGGGAUUUCAGCUAAAGGCUCGAACCUCGGUUGACCCAUUAUGGACAUGUUCUUCAUGAUCACCAUCAUCAAUAUUUUCCAUCAAUUUAUCUGAAAACUUGGCAUAAGCAAUUAUGUAAUAAGUAUAUUGCAUGGACCAGAGAAUUUCAAGGAUUUAAAGACUCUAUGCCAAUAAUCAAAAAUGAUGUGGAGUAGCAAUAAAAGAAUGCACAAAGGAACAUUCUGGAUUUUACUAUGGAAACUAUCUGCAUCAUCAGGAAGUGUAACUGUACAUCUAGUGGCUCAAUUUCAUUUCGAUUUAAAAUGUGCCAUUCUUCAUUAUUGUUUCAGGUGCUAGAGAACCAAUGAGCAAUCUAAAAAGGACCAUCUGACAACUUAGAGGAUUUAUCUCUAGCCUCUUGGAAAACCACAGAUUACUCAAUGUGAUAUCACAGCAUGUUGUGUCAAAGUAACAUCUGCUACAUCUGUCUAGGUUGCAAGAAAACCUGAAGUAUACACGUAUAACUUCCCUCACGGAUCGUGUCCAACACAUACUCUUGAAAGGGAAACGGCACCACCUUGCAACUUUAACAUUUACAGUAUCUACUAAAAAACAAUCGAAACAACCUAAUAUUUCUAUAGUAUAUUUUUACAUCACAAAAUGUAGUUACACAUAUUUUCUUAGCACAAAUAUUAAGCUGAAACGAUACUUCUCAAUUCUCCUUAAACCAACCAGCAGUAUUAUGGUACUGGCAAAAGUUAUAAUGGUAUGCAAAGUAAACUCAAUGUAAAGACAUGUUUUAUCCUCUAGUGUUUUCAUAGCUUUGUUUGCUAUUAUUAAGCCUUAGUAUCCAUGUAUGAAGUAUGGGUUUUAUGAUGUAUUUUAUGCAUAUUUUAGGUACAGAUACAAACAAAUGUGACAUUCAAAAACAGCAUUUUCUGAACAUAUGCAUCUUCUAAAUGAACUAUGUACUAAAGGGUUUUUAUUUUCAACAUCUACACAAUAAAUUAGGAAAUGUUUUUGUUAUAGGGAUUUUUUUAUUUUUUAAGAAUCCUCCAGUUACCUAUAGUAUAAUCAUUAAGUAUAAUGUGUAGCUCUAAAUUAGUGUGCAGUCCAUUAAAAGGGAAGCAAAGGUUCCUUAGCUAUUAUAUCAUAAAAGGAAUAAAUUAUUCCAGGGCAUCCUAAUCUUAUCCCUGUGAGGAGCACAUAUGAUGACUGUAGUAAGAUGAAAAACCACUCAAGACAGAGCAUCUAUAGGAUGCUAAUAUUCAAGGAUCCUUAUAACAUACUAAUUCCUACUUGUGAAAAUUUGGAGGGCAAAAAUUGGAAAGGGGUUGUCUCACCUGAGACAUUGGUGGCAUAUCUCUAGGAUAAGCCCACCAAUGUCAGAUAGGUGCGGAUACCAGAGGUGGGAUCUGUACCUAUCUCUAGAAAGGAGCUUCUAAAGUGAAGGAGAGCAAACAGCGCAAGCGUGGUCACCACUGCAUUCACUUCCAUGGAAUUACUGAAAAUAGCCGAGCCAGCGUUCAACUAUUUUCUACGUUCCCAUAGAAGCGCAUGUGUGGUGCACUCUUGCUCACUUUGGGAUUUCCAUUCUAGAGACAGCUGCAGGUACCAGAGGUGGCACCCACACCUAUCUGACAUUGGUGGCAUAUCCUAGAGACAGGUCACCAAUGUCUCAGGUGAGACAAGCCCUUUAGGUCUCCUCCCUGAUGCCUAUUAAUGAACCCAAAAUGCUGGGAACAUCAAUUUUAGGUAAAAUGUGCAUUAAUCUUGACCCUUUAGUUGUCCAAAUCCUGGAAUUGCUCCAGAAAAAUCAGUUAUCUUAAUUACAGUGCUUCCAAGCGUAUGAUCACAAAGACAUGAACAGAAAAUAGGAAUCUUUGAAGUGGAAGUGGAGCUUGAUAUCUGAAAAAUGGAUAUUGAGUUAUGGAGCUCAUUGCAUAUUGUGUUGCUAAGCUCUCCCUAGUGGUGGCUGCAGGCAGCCAGACUGUUAUUAUUUGAAGUGGUUGUCUGGGCAAUAAGACUAUUCUGGAAAAAAAACUCAGAAUGCUGUAAAAAAAAAUACAAAAAGUCAUACCUCACCAAUUCAUUGUGGUUCCUGUUCCAACGUUCCCCAGUCCUCAUGCCAAUCUCUAUUUCCUGGUGCCUUUUUCACGCACAGAAAAUAACUACUCGGCCAAUCACUGGCUGCAGCAGUGACCCACCUCAAGCAGUGAUCGGCUGGUUGUCCUGUGUGUUGAGAGGUACCAGGAAAUAGAGAUUGGCAUAUAUAUUUUUUUGCCUUUUGGGUCGUUACAAAAAUGUUAUUACCUGGACAAACCUAUCACAAAACUAGAUGCCUGACUGAUAUAAUGAUGAUUUAAAACAUUAACAUACCACAGAUCCUGGACCUAAGAUGGAUCUGAGGUUAUAAGGUGGGCAUUCAUUGUCAUUUUAGAAUAUAUGUAUUGUACUUUAGACACCAAUCUCUAAAAGGGAAAAUGGUUUUUGAGGAGAACCAAAUCUGAUGUAAUUGUACAUACAUCUGUAUACCGUCCAUUACUGAAAUGAUUUGUAUGGAAUGUUUUUGGUAAAUUGUGGUACUGCAUAAUGGUUGUCUUUUCAUCUGCUUUUCUUUAUAUUGUACUUUAAAUGUUGGGGAAAUUGUCCACAAUUGAGUAUUAUGAACUGAACAUCCUAUAAGGAGCAUCAAUGUUCCAUUAUGUUCUGUUUAUGGCGCCCGGCAGGUACGGGAAGAUGAAUGUUGGCAAGAAGAAUGAAUAAUCCUUAAAGAAACCAAUAUUCUAAAUAUAUAAUGUAUGUGUUCAGUGUUUUUUGUGUCCGUAUGGGCAGACAAAGCAAAUACUGUCUAUAUGUGUGCAAAGUUAGGCUUAACAUGAAUGUCCAUAAUUAAAAAAUUUUUAAACUCCCAAGACCUGUUUCACACUUGCGUUGCUGUUUUCCGGUUUUGAGAUCUGGCAGGGGAUCUCAAAACCUGAAAAAAACUUUUCCGUUUAGUCCUCAUGCAUUCUGAGUGGAAAGAUAUCCGUCCAGGAUGCAUCAGGAUGUCUUCUGUUCUAUCAGCAUUUAGUUUUGUGACUCGACACAAAACCGCUGCAUGCGGUCAUAAAAACGGAAGAAAAAAAUACGGAUCCGGCACUGAAAACAAUGUAAUUCAAUGGGGAGGGUUCCGUUUUUUAAGGAGCCUAAAAAAACGGCUCUGUCACCCAUUGACUUUCAAUGUAUUUAGUGACGGAUGUGUUUUGAUUUCACACAACCGAAUCCUAACGGAACGGAUGCAUCCUGAU